AUGGCGCAGCAAAAUCAGCUCGCGCUCUUCAGCGUGACCGAGUUCCACGAUAGGGCGCCUGAUGGAUAUCCUGUGAGCUGUCCAACCCUCAAUCUUUCUGCAAUCUGGGAUGCAGCAGACAGGAACCUACUUGUGUACAGGCCGUCGGGACAAGUCGUCUCCAAGAUCCAUCAAAUUGGUACACCAGGUCAGAAGGCACCUGACGUGCAAGCAGUCACUUGGAGAUCUGAUGGCCAAUUCCUUGCUGUUGGAUGGAGCGAUGGCUUUGUCCGACUCAUGGGACUCGAAAACAACAAGGCUGCCCAUCAUAUUAAAGUUGGAGACACACCCGGGAAUAAGAUCACACACAUUGGCUGGGCGAGUAGUAGCAUUGCUGGCAAGAGUUCGAAUGCGGUAUCUCGGGCCUUGGGAAACAACUUGGAUGAAGAUUCGGCACUUGGUGGAGAUGGCCUUCCGUUAGAUCUCCCACGAGAAUUGACGUUCCUGGAAGUCGACACAGCCUUGCCCAAGAUCAGCCCUCUCCCGAACAGUAGCGCUGGCUCAGGAGAAGACGCAUUGGUGUUUACAUUACGCACUGGCAUAGACUUCCUCUUCCAACCCCCGAAGCCGGAGGAGUACGACCAAGUCAGCGUCAUGAUUGUUGGGACGAGUGAUGGCCAGCUCCAACUCAGCAUCUAUGACUCUUUCAUCAUCGGAAAUUUUGAGUGCCCCAGUAUUGACGCUUCAUCAAGCUCACAGCUUAUCCUUCAUGCCUCGCACCCGCAAGUAUCAACUCAGGCAUUGCUUGUUGCGAACAAAACAGAUGAGCCAGCAGAUGUACAUUUGGUGCCGAUAGACCUGCCUUUCGUAUCUUCCUCUCCUAUCAAUCUCUCUCUUCUUGCUUCGAAAUUAACUACACUCCAGAAACUUUUGAGGUACCUUAAACAAUCACAGCUUCACAUGCAAGUCGAGUGGCGAAACACGCGAGAGCUCCCUACAAGGUUUCUACGAAGUAUUGAAGGUGGUCUUGAAAACCUCGAGACUGGACCACAAAGUGUGGUUUCAGCACUAUACCACUUAGCGGUGACAGGUCAUGCCUAUGAGCCUGUACGUGAGUGGCUUGUGGAAAGUCUGGCAGAACGGGGACACAAACGAUGGGACAAAGCGGUUGUCUCUGGGCUGGAGGGUCUUCGAAACUUAGUCCACGAGAACUUCCUUCCAGCCCUUGAGCGUUCCGCGAUCAUCUUGAGCAGGUUACGAGGUCUGGCUCAAUACCAUGACACCCGGGAUGACAUCGGAUUUAGUCUCCAGCAGAUUAGCCGCCUGAUGGAUAUUGUUCAAUGCCUCCAGCUUGCCGGCCACAAGAUUUUGAUCAACGUGAUGGAUGAGCUUGAAAGCUUCGUUGCAUUCUCCACAUGGCUUCGCUUCCAGAUCGAUCGGCUAGCUUCGUCCAGCUCCAUGAAUGAAGAACUCACAGAAAAGGAGGCAAUUAUGGAUGUAGGAAAGGUCCUGACCUAUAUCGAGCAUUACCUUACCGACAGUCCCCUCAGGAUCUUCUUCGAUGAGAUACCAAGCGAGGAGUAUGAGAAGAUCUGUGCGCAUAUAGAGAGCCGCCCAAGUCUCCUUCACACUCUUGAUCAACAGUUAGCAAAGUGGGAGAACGGCCUCUCCGGCCUGCAAGCUCUACCGCGUGUCGAGUUUCUGGUCUCAUACGCAACAAACCAGGCAAACAGCACAUUCAAGGGUAUUGCAGAGGCAAAGAAGCGCAGCGUCCGACUUGGAACCCCAAUCAGACUUUCCACUGGCGGGGUUAUCUCACAAACUGAUAUGAGGAUGAGCAAAACGAAAACCCAGGGAACAAGCGUUAUAACGGCUUUGGCAGCAAAGGAGAUCAAGAACGAAGUAGGUGUUGAUCUGGUUCAAGUUCAAAUUUUCUGUGUUACAAUCGACAUCAUAAAUGGCAUCAGCUCCAAUCGACCCCCAACGAGCUGUCGUAUCGACCUCCAUACACGUACCCUUAUCACAUUCAAGUUUCUCAACGACGAAACACUUGUCAUUCUGUGCAACGAUCCUGGUAAGAUUAUGAUAAUGCCGUAUUUAUAG